CCCAUACAGAGCCCGAUGAAACUAUCCACAAGCGCACCAGCAGCAGCACGAACAGACCAAGCGCGAGGCGGGAGCACGCACCUGAACUGGAUUCUCGAGGACGAGGGCGCCUCGUCGGAGAGGAAGGGGUUGAGGUGGUGCUCCUCCCCGUCGUCUUCGGCGGCCGCCGCGGAGGCAGCCCCCGGAGCGCGGCCCCUUCGCCGCCGGUCGCGCGGCGUGGCCGCCAUGACGCCCCUUUUUCUCUCCCCGAAAAAUUUCCACCACCGAGUUUCACGAGUCACCACGACGCUCCGGCGGCGCUCGAAGUUGCGGUGGAGGACGGCGGGCCGGCGGCGAUCACGAUGGAAAUGGGCCUCGAAGAGGAAAACGGCCCAACUAAUCUGUGGGCUCAGCAACUGGGACCUGAACCUGACAGGUGGGGUCAGGAAAGAGACGUGUUUCCUCUUUUAUUCUCGUCUUCUCCACCUUCGCUUCAAACAGGCAGAGCGGAGCAGGGCAGGGAGGCCUCGUGUGGAAAAAAUUGAGCGCGAGUUCGCGGCGCGGCGGCGGCGGCGGCGGCGGCGGCGGCCUCUGAUCCUUCGAUCGAGCUGGUCUCGUCAGUCUGAGGUUGAUCUGGGAGCUGAAGAGAGCAUGAGUACUGUCAACGGCGCACGGCGUGUCUGCAAAAGGCAUUCACAAGAUGAGUCUGCUGAUAAGGUCGUUGUGAAUUUGGUCUCCCCAGCACCAGGGGUCGCCAGCAGGCGUGGAGUAUCAGCCUCUCGCAGCGGCGCACGCACCUCGCCCAUCGAUGUGGAAGCUCUGGACGACGAAGUGCAGGUCCUAUCGGCUUCACAAGUGCCUCCUCGGAUUUAUGUUGAAUCAACUUGCAUGCUGCAGAGGAGGAAUCCGAAAAUUAGGAGACAGCCCGUGGCAGUAGUUGAUCUAGAGGUACAUGCCACCCGUGAAGUCAUUUCUAAUAACACAGGGAACAAACGUCAAAGAGCUUCAGCUGUGAUAGACAUCUCUCCAGAAACAGGGGAAGGGUCCAGCUUGCAGUCAAACAAAGCUGUCAAAACUAGAAAAGAGCCUGCGAAAGUGGCUCCAAAGGAACCAAUCUUUACCUGCCCAGUGUGUUGGAACAAGUUGGAGGAGCCUGCCACAACAAUGUGUGGCCAUAUCUUCUGCACGAGCUGCAUCAAGCAAGCCAUCCAGGUCCAAAAGAAAUGCCCCACUUGCCGGAAGUACUUGAAGAUAAACAACUUUCAUCGUAUUUACCUUCCUAACACUGCUGGAUAAGGUCAGAAGUCCUCUCGGGGAGAACAGUUGGAUCUUUUCCUCAGGAACAUUGUUGUACCAUCACCAUCUAGAUGAAUGUUAUGGAAAUGCAUCAGUAGGAGUUCAUCAUCCUGGUGAAUGUACGGAUAGCCUUCCGUCUGAAUUGGAUUAGCAAAUUUUCUUGGUCUUUUUGUAUUGUCUGUGUCAAGGUAAAAUUGUCCCUCUAUACUGUUGUAUGUAUUAGGCUGUUAACUGUGCCAUUUCUCCACAUUUGGUCUAUGUACUUGAGGCUGUUAGCCUGAUGUUGAGAAAAUACUUGGGCUUUGUAAGUUUCACCUGUUAAGUGGUGUAUGUUCUGAAGUAAA